CGCGGCGGCCACAGGCGGGCCUGUUCCCGAGCGGCGGCCUGGCAACAUGUGGAGUCGGGGGAGAGUCUGCGUCUUCUCCGCGGGGCUGUUGCUUGGGGCCCGCCGUCUAAGCAACGGCGCGAGCCGGUGGAAAGAGACUCCGGCGGCGGCCUCUUCUUCCUUCUUUUUCAGCCAGCCGGAUGUCCAUGUGCACUUUUUAGACCAUGUUCUGAUAAACAGAAUCAAGAGUAUUCAAUUUAUAUUUGAAAGAAGAACAGGAACUCUCAUAGACAAAAGCUCAUUCGAUGAAACCAAGUAUGAAAAACUUGCUGAAGAAACACUGGAAUCGUUAACAGAUUUCUUUGAGGAUUUGGCAGACAAGCCCUUUAUUUCCAAAGAUUACGAUGUCUCCUAUGUGAAUGGAGUACUAACAGUGAAACUGGGUAGAAACAUGGGAACUUACGUAAUCAAUAAACAGACACCAAAUAAACAGAUAUGGCUCUCUUCUCCAAUCAGUGGGCCAAAGCGUUAUGACUGGACCGGGAAAAAUUGGAUUUAUUCUCAUGAUGGCAUUUCUCUUCAUGAUCUAUUGUCAAGGGAACUUUCAGUUGCAUUAGCAAUUGAACUGGAUUUAUCAACUUUAACACAUGCUAGUGGAGAGCCUAAUUCUUGAUAUUUAUCUAUAAAAAUCCAAAGACUUUGGACUUCGACCUAUUUCUUUCUUUCUCAUGGUAUACUAGUUUUAAUACGUUUGUCCAAAUUUAAAUUCUCAAAACAUUGUUCAAAUCUAUUUUAUUAAGCACUAAUGGAAAUAUAUAUAUCUAUAUAUAUAA